UGGCAUCCCUGAUGUUACUAGACUAGGAGUAUUACUACUUGGUGGGGAGGUAUCCAUGUUACGCACGUUUCUCGUUCAUUUCCUUUUGAGACUCGAAGGUGGGUGGUCGUUUUGUUGAGUGGUGCUCGAUCUUAAUAACCGUUUCUCUGUAUAUUCGCGUAAAUGUUUCAUCUAAUAAGGUACAUUUGUAAAUUCAGAAAAACAUUCUGUAAAACAUUUGCUUCGUUUACCAAUUCACGAAAUUUCUAUUGCGGCGAAGUUUGGGAAAAUGGCUGAAUCAAUGGGGAGUAGUGAAUAUAAUAUAGGCCACGUGGCGAAGCAACUCACUCAAGAAGAAAUAGAGAAAAUGCAAGCACAAAAUUCACGACUGGUUCCUGAAUUUCAAGCUAACGAACUGGAGAGAAACACUAAGAAGCAUUGGGACCUGUUUUACAAACGAAACGAUAUUAGAUUUUUUAAGGACAGACAUUGGACCACCAGAGAGUUCCAUGAAUUAUUAGGCUUCGAUUCCGGAAAUGAUCGAAUUGCCCUUCUAGAAGUCGGCUGCGGUGUUGGAAAUUUCAUAUUUCCAUUGAUCGAAGAUGGACUAAAAUUUAAAAUGAUAUUUGCUUGUGAUCUCUCUUCUAAAGCAGUGGAGUUAACAAAGAAGCAUUUAUUGUAUGAUCCAGACAAUAUGAAGAUUUUCCAAACGGAUAUUACAACUGAAAAUUGUUUCCAGCAAGUGGAUUGCCCGGUAAACAUAAUAACAUUAAUAUUUGUAUUAUCGGCUAUUCAUCCAAAAUAUUUUAGAAAGGUCGUGGAAAAUUUAUAUAACAUUCUUGAUACUGGAGGGAUUGUACUUUUCAGAGAUUAUGGCCUAUAUGAUAUGGCCCAGUUAAGGUUUAAACCUGGUCACAAAAUCAGUGAAAAUUUAUAUAUGAGACAAGAUGGCACCAGGGCAUAUUAUUUUUCAGAGGAAGAAAUAUUGAAUUUAUUUGAAUCGGUUGGUUUUAAAACUUUAACAUGUAAUUAUGUACAAAGACGUACUAUAAAUUUGAAAGAAAAAAUAGAUGUACCAAGAAUUUUUAUUCAAGGCAAAUUUGGAAAAUUUUAAUAAUAAUGCUUUCUGUUUCAGAGUACUCAAUCGCUUAAUGAAAAUGGUCAUAGCUUAUUGAACAUAAUAUUACUGGAUCUGCAAUUUUAUAAGCACUGGAUGUAUAAGAAAUGUUUUUGAAACAUUUCCAUUUCUUGAAUUAAAUGAGUUCGAUUUUAAUCAAGAAAGUUUUGACUCAAAUCUCCACUCCUAGGUUGACGAGAAAGAUUUUACCAUGUGGUAUAAAAUAAUGUGAUAUAAAAUAUUUUCUUCAUAUUAUGUACAAUAUUAUGUA